GUCCAUCUGACCAUCUAAACAGAACAAUGCGAGGACAAAAUAGCCGAUACGACGCUGAAAUAGCGGAUAAUUGUCUGCACAACACGAUUGGGAUAAACUUCCUUUGAGGAAAGCAAGACAUCUUUAGAAAGUACAACAGAGGACCUCAAAAUCUUUGUGAAAUUGCAAACUGUGGUCAAGAAUGGAGCCUUUUAACACGAGCAUAUUGAAUGCACCCAUCUCUGGAAACCGUGACUACCAGUAUACGAUUUAUGAGUAUCCGCUGUAUAAGGAAUACAAACCUCCACCCCGAGAUCUCAUCCAGCUUCCCAAGGCUAUGCUCUACCUGAUGAUGGCCACGGUGGUGGUGGUCGCUGUCGCUUAUGCCAUUGUGGGGCAUUUAAUUAGAGACCUCGCUCAUGACAUCUUAGAUUGGGUUUUGGGUCCGGAAGAGGAGAUCCUAAAAGCCAACAGUGAAGCAGGUGGAGACAGCAUCACCCACAUGCCUCCAGAACUCACAUACUCUCAACCCAACGCCUUCCAUGUGUGGAAUCAGGAUGACGUUGUCAUCCCACUCUCUCCGGAGCACAGCCCCCAGGCCAGCCCUCUUCUGGGUGUCAUCCCUUUCAUCCCUCACUUCUUCCCAUCUUCCACCUCUCACAGUGUGCCCAACAGCCCUGCACUCCUCCAAACACAGCCAGGGGAGACGAAGAGCCCCAACAAGACACCACAAGAGGCCUACAUCUUUCCCUCUCCAAAAAGUACAGGACAAAGCUGUACUUUCUCAAGCACAUCAUUCCAUGAAAGAAGAGAUGGGACUGAUAAAGUUUGACUCUUAUAAUCCUGAGCAACGACUUAGAUUUACACCCUAUCGCAGUAAGACAUUCUGCAUCAGGUAGAAGUCUUAAAGGAAUAGGCCUAUUUCACACAACAAUGGAAAUUCUUUUAUUAUUUACUCACCCUCAUGUAGUUCUAAACCUGUUUACUAUCUGUUUUUUCCGUGGAACACAAACUGAAAAUUUUUGAAGAAUCUUUGCACGGUUCAUAGUUACCACAUUUGUUAAACUCAGAACAGGAGGGGAAAAAACACCAUUAAAGCACCAUGAAAGUAUCAUAAAAGUAGCCCAUACAAUUUGUGUGCUGUAUUCAGAGUCUUUUGUAUACCAAAAUUUAAGUCAUUAUUUACUGAUAAUUUUCUCCUCCGCCGUUGCUCUCAAAUAUGGCACCUAUGGCACAGGUUGGACAUCAAUGACAUAGGACAUCAUUGGUUCUCGCUUAUCUCAUGAUCAAACAUAAUUGACACCAAGCCAGAACUAAAAAUCUCAUUCAUUUUCCCCAUAGACAAAUUGAUUUUCAACAAUAACUUAUAAAUCUUUAAAACACAGACCUACAGCUUCGAGCUUCAAGGUUGUUCAUUGAUGGUAUAUGCUUCCGUUGAAGCCAUCUUUCAACUUAAUUGUAUAAAUAAUCAUGUUUGAUGGCAGAAUUCAUGGUAAACAACUACAUUACCCAUGGUACAGCAGAGAAAGAUCCACCAAUCAGAGAACCACUGCCAACGAAACCCGUGAAACAUGCCUCGGAGCUACUGCAUACUCCCAUGACGCACUGUGAAUGACAUAAUUGAGUCAGUCUCCCUUCACCCUUAAACUACUUAAAUAUUUGUUCAUAUCGGAAUAUUUUGCAAUAAACGUAAAAUAUAUUGUUUCUAUACUUAUAAUCAACAACCUAAAAUCAAUAGUUUUAUGUAUUCCCAUCGUUUUUUAUUCAAUGAAAUAAUUUGCAAUGCUUCAUGGGAUUGUAGUUCGUGCCCUCAUGAAAGACGGUAAGUAAACAUCCGUCUACCUUUUCAAAUACUUAUUGUCUCAAAACAAAGUUUGUGAUGUUGUGAUUCUCCUCGGAGCUGGUUGGUUUGGUUCAAGGCUCACAACUCUUUUAUGAAGGAUUUUAUAAAAAGUCUAUGGAAGAAAUGAAUGGGGAAAAUACUUCCAGAAUCCAGACGGCUGAAAACGUGGGCGGGCACUGUUGCGCUCUAUGGCGCCAUAUUUGAUUUGAGAGCUUUGGCGGGGGUAAGAUUAUCAGGGAAAAACAACUGCAAUUUUGGUCUGUUACUAACACAAAGUUCAAGGGACUUGGAAUAAAGCGCACAAGUCUUAUGAAGAACUUUUUUUUGCUUAUAUGGUGUUUUUUUUUUUUUUUUUUUUUAGCUUGACAGGCUCUUGAAAAGAGUUAAUGAUCAUUCAGAAGUUCUCACUUAUUGGUUUGGGAUGACAUGAGGGUGAGUAAAUAAUGACAGAGUUUUCAUUUUUGGGUGAACUAUUUCUUUAAGAAACUGCUCUCUCUCUCUCUCUCUCUCUCUCUCUCUCUCUCUCUCUAUAAACUUUUAAAAGCUUUUAAUGCAUUAUUUACAUGAAAUCAACCCUGUGAUUCACUGGGUUUUGUCAGUAUUUACCACCUUUUACUUUUCUAUUUGACUAUGCAAAAGCUGGGCCUCUUCCUGUGCAGCAUGUGAGGAUGAAUGGCAUGUAUAAUAAGUGCUGCUGACCGUAAAUGACCUCAAUAAGCAGAAAGCCAUGUCAGUUCAAGCCGCAUUACCUAGGCGUGUUUGUUUGGUAAUAUAGGGACAGGGCGAGAGACAACACGAUCACGUCUGUAGGAUUGUGCCUACUCAGGAUUGUGCCAUUGGCAGCCUUCUUCCUGAAGCCAAAAAACAUCCUCAGAACAUGUCUGAACAGUUGAUCGUUCAGUUCAGGAUAACCAGCAUAUAGCCUCUUUUUGCAGCUUAUGGAUUUGUACAGAAAUAUGACAUGACAAGUAAUACUAUAUUUCUGUCCGUUUCAAUUUGAUAGGCCAGUGAAACUGGAUUGGAUUUUUGGAUUUGGAAUCCAAAGUAUAAUUGCCAAGGUUUAUUAACCAGUGGCACAGAACCCGCUAAGUAUUUCCAUUAUUAGAGAAUCCGCUUAACUAACUGGCUGGUCAAGGGCCAAAGUUAAAGUGUUUCGUAAAGAUGACAUGAGAUUAGACUCUUUCUGCCCUGUGACUAAACAAAGCGUUAAACUUAUCAGGGACUAUCAGAGAUGGAAAUUCACACCCAGUAGAACCCGACCGAUAUGGGAUUUUUGAGACCGAUACUGAUUUUAGAGGGGGAAAAUUCACCGAUAUGGUUGCCGAUAUAGUAAAUGUUUGUGCUGGAAUGAAAACAGACCUUUUCUGUGUGGAUUUUUCACUGAUUUUGCAUCGAUAUGACUAUGCAAAGGUACUCAGAAGGCUGCUUUCUUAAAUAUUUUUAUCAAAGAACAUUCGUUAUUAUUAUUAUACAUUGUCAACAAAUUCUAGAAAUGAACACUGAGAAAAUAAAGAAUAAAUAGAAAUACAAUAAAUAGCUUUAAAAACAUCAGUACUUUGUUUAGUAUCAGUCAAUGGCUGACCAUUAAAAUAAAGAAUAAAUAAAAAUAAAAUAAAUAGCUAAAUAAACAUCAGUACUGUUUAGUAUCAGUCAAAUGCUGACUAUAUUAAUACUGCCAGACAAUUAUUGGCAGGUUGUAAAACAAAAAGCAUUUACACCUGCUGAGUCAAGAGAUAAACAGCGGCAGCGGUGUUACACCGUAUUCUGCUAUACAAGUUCAGGGGAAACUUUCAACGGUGGAAAACCAGACUUUUAAAUAUUACAUUUUAUAAAUGCAACGACUGGUAUUGUUCGGUUGAAGGGGGUACCAAACUGUGAAUCCUGAACAAAACAGUUUGGUGAAUGCAUGUUUACACAUUAGCUUCCACUCAAUUGAUAAGCAAUGAAAGUAGCUAUGUGGUUAGCUAGUUAGCUAUAAGCACGUUGUCACAGAGAGUAAAAGAUGGACGUUGUUUAUUUUACUUUCCAGCAUUGUGUCUCACCAACUAGGUAACAACAUAGCGUGAAAUCAGCACUCAGCAGACACAAUCCACCACCGCACCGUUGUCUGCUGAGCUGCAAAAAGAUGCUCUGAUGUUUACCUUUCAAUCUGUUACAUUACUGACUGCACUGACAAACUGUAGCUGGCUAACAGCAAACAGACAUGAGUGACAUGGUUGUCAGGGACAGGGUUAACAUUAUAUUACUUAUAUUGAAAAGGGAAAAUGAUGGGGUUAUUGUUUAUUAACUUUCCAGUAUGUAUUUCACAAACUAGUUAGCAACUUACUGAGAAGAGACCGCUUAACUCCGCCCUGUCUGCAGAGCCACGGUCAGCUCAGUCAGCUCUGUAAACAGUGGAGACGGAGCGCGCUCUGCUGGACAAACUACGUAAUGACACCAAUUCUAAAGCAUUGUUUUCUGCAUUAUAUGUUCUGAAAAAAAGUUUUCAUAUCUGCGCAUAUCGGUAAGCACAUACACCGAUACCGAUAUAUUGGCGAAAGGCUAAUAUCGGCUGACCGAUAUAUUGGUCGGGCACUAACACCCAGUAGCUUGCUUAUAGUGUUGGAUGUUGAGUGUUUCUGUUACUUUAUACAUAUUUAUGAACCUUCUCAGUAUAAACAUGCUGUACUUGGUAAAGGAAUGUUCCAGGUUCAAUACAAGUUAAAGAUGCCCUUAGUUUUGUCUUUGUGUCAUUUUAGACUUACACUGACACCUAGCGGCUUGGAUGCAGCAUCAUUUAAAAUCAAAAGUUUUCAGUUUCAGAUGCCAUUGUAAAAAUUUUGUAUUCACAGUCAGCCAUGAUUACUUUAAUCAAUGAGUGAAAGUGUCAAAUAACAGGACGGUUUCUGAGAUGAAGCAAGUAGUAUUUAGCUAGUCAUGUGAUUCUAACAUGGCAGCCCCCAUGUGCGGACCCUCUCCAUGUAGAAUAAAACAGCUUUUACAUAUAUUAGAAAAUUACAAUUCAUGUCUUCAGGAAUUAAAAUUUUUUAAUGAGGAAAAAAUUACUGAGUGCAAAUGUAAGCUCAAACAACAGCAUUUAUGGCAUAAUGCUGAUUACCACAAAUAAAAAAAUAAAAAAAUCCCCCUUAUAUUUAUUAGAAAGCAAAAACCUGGGUUACAGUAAGGUGCUAACAAUGGAAGUGAAUGGGGUCAGUCCGUAACAUUAAAAUACACAUGGUUUCAAAAGCAGAGGCACAAGACGUAAACAUUAUACAUGUUAACAUGAUUUUAAUGUGAUAAAUUGUUUACUAACCUUAUCAGUGUAAAGUUAUAUCAAAUAUUUAAACUUUUUUUUCCAUGACAACGCAGUGCAGGUAAAUCCUUAAGCUAUUUUAUCACACUAAAAUCAUGUAGAACAGAGAUUUUAUCACACUUAAAUCACGUUGACAUGUAUAAUGUUUACGUCUUGUGGCUAAACUUUCGAAACAGUGGGAAUUUUAACGUUUAAGGACUGGCCUCAUUCACUUCCAUUGUAAGUGUCUUGUUGUAACUGCAUUAUAGUGACCACAAGGAGGUUACCCCAUGUGACUCUACCCUCCCUAGCAACCGGGCUAAUUUGGUUGCUUUGGAGACCUGGCUGGAGUCACUUAGCACACCCUGGAUUUGAACUCGUGACUCCAUGGGUGGUAGUCAGCAUCAAUACUCGUUGAGCUACCCAGGCCCCCUUUUGGCUUCUUUUAAAUGAACAAGGGACUAGUUGAUUGAGCUGUCGAUUGAGCUUAACUUGUAUUGCAUCCGGAACAUGAAUUACUUGGAAGUCGGUUGGUGACUGCAUUAAUUUAGAUAACUCAUGCUAAACUGUAAUUUGUCCAAGGAUUGAAUUAAACUCAAUCAAUCUUUGUAAUACUUUUUGUUUCUAUGCAAUGAAAGAAUACAGGGACCAACUGUAGCUCAACGUGAUAAGAGAUGGCUGUUGGUCUUCAAUUUAUACCUCUAGAAGAUCCAAAUGAUGAUGAAAAUGUAGUUAAAUGGGCAAUAUACUGUAAGAGACUAUGCGGAUUUGCUGUUAAACCAGGGUUUAGAGAAUAAUUUAGAUUAGACCAGGAUGAACUGAGGACAGCACAUGCAGAAGGAUUAUGGCCUGCAUCCAGACGGCCAAGGAUAUAAUGUGAUGGCUGGGAAUGGACAGAUUAGAUCAUGAAGCUCACAUUCACACAAUGCUUUACGAACUGUUACUCUAAAUUAAACAACUUUAAAGUUUAUCCAAAUGACUCUACAUCUAUUAGAGCCAAACCAUAGAUUUCCUUAGGGAAAUGUAGGAUUUCAAAAAGACUACCGAAUUUACUAGGUAAUCUUUUCUACACACAUCA